AUGGGCAAGGGUUACAAUAACUACAUGUGCAAGAAGUUUUUUCACCCAACAAACUUCGAAAACAUCAAGAGAAAGUGGAUGGCGGAGCAAAAGGAGGAGUUUGACAGCAAGAGAGAACAGGAGAGGCUUACUCAGUAUCGUCGCGAACAGGAAAUAUUGGAAAAUCGUGUGCUUCUUGGCGAUGAGAAAGCCCGUCUGGGAUUGGCAUGGAUGUAUGACCAACCAGCUGUCAUGGAACCGGAAAAAGAGACGGACAGGAAUGAAGCGAAGUUUGAGUGGCAACGGAAGUACAAUGCUCCCCGCGAAAGUUACUGCAAGAAUUCCUCCGACGUCACUGAUCAGCCGUUCGGUAUAGAAGUCAGAAACGUGCGCUGUAUGCGCUGCAAACAGUGGGGACACUUGAACACAGAUCGGACUUGCCCAUUGUACGGGCAAUCGUUCACCCAAGAACCGACGGCCGGCACAUUACGAUCUCUGGAUCGCGCGAAAUCUAACCUACGUAAGGAGGGGUUGGCGUUUAAAAAGUCCGCUGAAUCUACGGGUCUCAAUGCAAUAGUCUACAAAGCUAAGCGUGCCGUAUCAAGUUCUCACGGGUUAGACCCCGAGGCGGUGGAGCACGAAUUGACAGUCGAAUUCCUCAGGUCUUUGUCUGAGAAGCAGCGAGAAAAGCUGCUUAAGAAACUUAGCAAACUAUCACGAGAAGACAAAGGCUUGUCUUCGAAGAAGCACAAAAAGAAGAAGCAUUCCCACCACUGA